AUGGAAAAGCUUCCUAACGACCUUAUCUCCAUUACAAUCCUCUCAAGACUCCCCAUCAAAACUCUUAUGAUAUGCAAAUGUGUCUCGAAGCAAUGGUUUUCUUUAAUCUCAUCUUCCCACUUCGCCGAAACCCAACUUCAGCGCUCUUCUCAUUUCUCUUCAAACUCCAUUCUUACUCUUAACUAUGAAGGUAUAUUUGAAUCUAUUAAUUACGAAGCAUUUGACAAGAAUCUUGAUUAUUUCAGUCGUAAAUUUGAGGGUAAUCAUGAGAACAAGAUAAACACUCGUUUGAUUGCUUCUUGUAAUGGUUUAGUACUCUUGAUUUCUUCUCUUGUAUUGGUAAAUGAUCGACAUAAUAAUGAUUUUGACUAUAUUGUUUACAACCCAUGUCUUGGUGUUGGUGAUAAUAAUUUUGUGAGUAUCCAAAAUGAUCGAAUCAUUGUUAGUAAUCGUGGUGAAAAUCAGUUCAGUUUCGGGUUUGGCUACGUGUCGUCGACUAAGGAUUACAGCAUUGUUGCCAUAUCUUUGUCAAUUAGUCCUCGACGUCCCGGGAUAGUCGUGUAUGUGUACUCAUUAAGGUAUAGACAAUGGCAGACACCGCGAAUUUUCAUGAGACAUCUAUCGUCCUUGUCUUGUCAAGAAUGUUGGUAUAAUUGUAUAGGAGUAUUGGUGAAUGAAACAUUGCAUUGGGUUUUUACUCUAGGGAAGUUAGCGAAAUACAUUGGUGCAUUCAAUUUGGCUAAUAAUACGGAUGAUGCGUUUAAAUUGAUGGAUUUGGCGCCAAAAACCGAGUUAGGGGACGAUCGCGUGAUCAAGUUGUGCAACAUGGAUGGUUGCUUGUGUGCUUGGGGGGAAUAUGAUGGACAUUUGAUUAAAAUGUGGGUGAUGAAAGAGUACGGUGUAACGAAGUCGUGGACGUGCUUGUUGAAAUUGAGCUUAGGAGGUAUUUGUCACGGUAUAUUCCAACGAACGGAGUCCGGGAAGGUUAUGAUUGUCGUGGAGAAUGAUCUAGUGCUGGUUGACACGAGAAGUGAUCCGCCAAAUUUUGUGCAAUUUCAUCGUUGUGAGAGGUUAAGUGAAGUGGUGAAUUAUGUUCAAAGUCUUAUUCGACCCAACAUUGAGCCAAGACAAGAGGUGUGA